GCCACUACCGACGGAGCAGAGCCAGUCCCGCCCCCGACGGUUCUGGGGUCCUGAGAUGGCCACGCAGUCCACGGCGAAAGUUGUGCUUAAGAGCACCACCAAGGUGUCCCUCAACGAGCGCUUCACUAACAUGCUGAAGAACAAACAGCCGAUCCCCGUCAACAUUCGAGCCACUAUGCAGCAGCAGCAGCUAGCCAGUGCCCGCAACCGCAGGCUGGCCCAGCAGAUGGAGAGCAGACCUUCUGUGCAGGCCGCCUUAAAGCUCAAGCAGAAGAGCUUGAAACAACGCCUGGGGAAGAGCAACAUCCAAGCACGCUUGGGCCGACCGGCGGGACCCCUGGCUCGUGGGAUGUUAGGGGGCCGUGGGAUGCCCAUGGGUCAGAGAGGGCUGCCCCGAGGAGCCAUGCGGGGUGGCCGUGGAGCGAGAGCAUUGCUACGAGGAGGAAUUCCCCUCAGAGGACAAAGUUUACUUCGGGGCGGGCGCGGCAUCUCUCCUAGGAUAGGCCUGAGAAGAGGAGGCCUCAGAGGGCGUGGAGGGCUUGGCAGAGGUGGGCUCAGCAGAGGGCCCAUGGGGCGUGGCGGAAUUGGAGGCAGAGGUCGCGGCAUGGCAGGCCGGGGCAGAGGCGGCUUCGGCGGCCGCGGGAGAGGCCGGGGGCGAGGCAGAGGCUCCGCCCGCCCGGCCCUGACCAAGGAGCAGCUGGACAACCAGCUGGAUGCCUACAUGUCCAAGACGAAAGGACACCUGGAUGCCGAGCUGGACGCCUACAUGGCCCAGACAGACCCAGAAGCCAACGACUGA